AUGGGAUUGCUGGAAGCGACUUUCUUGGGGAUGGCCGCUGUGUCAGCUGCAGCCUUUGAUGGUUGGAACGACUUCAACGGGGUCGCGCGGGUCACCAACGCCGCGCACGAGGUCUUGUUCCAGAAAGAGUAUGGCUUCUUGAACAUCCCUUACAAGGACCCCAUGCCGGCUGAUGCCAUCUUCCCAGUGGCCUCCAACACGAAGCUCUACGUGGCCGUGGCCUUGUAUCAACUGCAGGAGGCCGGAAAAGUGGACCUCAACGCCUCCAUCGCCGACUAUUUGAAUGCCAAGGACUUGAAGAACUUCGGGAUGCAUGGAACAAGGAAGUAUUGUCCCAAAGUUGCGGGAUCUUCCGAGUGUCAGGUUGUGCGCUUUGUGGACCUGCUUGCGAUGUCCUCGGGUAUCCCCAACCCUCCCUUCCGCGACUAUUUCCUGCCCUAUGCGGGCUCCAUCGGUCUGACGGUGAAGCUCUUUAUCAACCAAGACUUGCUCUUUAUUCCGGGCACGGAGUACGAUUACAGCAAUAGCGCCUUCAUUCUCGCAGGGUAUUUCGUGGAGAAGCUCUCUGGAAAGUCGCUCAGGGAGUAUUUGCAGAAGCACAUCAUCAGUGUACUGGAGCAGAGCUCAACGGAGUACGACCCCUAUGACUACCAACUGAGCAUGGCAGGAGAUCGCAGGAAGAGGGUCUAUGAAUACUACCAAUACCGCGACCCCAAGACCCAUGAAAUCUAUGCCACCGGUGAAUGUCGUGAUGAGUUCGAUCUUGGCACAGCGAAUGGUGCCGGUGGCGUGCUUUCGACAGUGGCGGAUGAGCAGCUCUUCUACUACACACUCUUUAACUUUUCCAAAGAUGCCAUGGGGAAGCCCCUGCUGCAAGAUCCACGCUCCUUGAUCGAUCUCGUGCGUCCGCGCAUGCCCACAAGCCCGGAGCAGAAGGGCGGCUACUUCUGGUAUGCCCAAGGCUUGCUAUCUCUUUGUAACUGGAGUGUUGAUCAUGAAGGCUGUGAUGUGAUUCCAAACAUCAUCGGCUAUGAAGGUGGGCUGAUGUGCGUGCACACUGCCAACCUCUUGGACUUGCACGUGCAUCCCGCCGUGAUGACCAGCGUCUACAGUAGCACGGUGGUGUUUGAUGUGAAGAAGGCCCUAGUGAAGAAGAUGCAAGCCAGCAAGACGGGCGACUUCCUCGAAGCGAGUGACAGGUGGCCCCAACAGAUGGAAGUCUCGAAGAUGGCCUGGAAGCUGCACAAUGAAGUGCUGAACCAGAGCAAGCAACGGGAGAAGAUGGAGUGGAAGGUCAGAGGCAUUAUCCUCCCUUAG